AUGAUUUAUAAUGUAUGCAGGGCGUUGGAAGAACGAGUGGCCUUCCUCGAAGACCGACUGAGCCGUCCCGAGCCAUCCACCAACCAAUCUGCUUCUGUUCCCCAUGCUCCGGCCUCGAUCUGGUCGCAGCAGGAUGGGCAGGCAACCCCACAGCCCGCGCCAUCAGGACUCGAGACGAAUCCAGUCGGCGAGAUUGUUGGACUCCUCGCCUUGAGUUCCUCCGAGGCUCCAGCUUAUGUCGGCUCCAGCUCCGGUCUGGCCUUGGCGGCUAACCUGGGCGAAAUGGUCCAGGGGAGCGUGUGGAAUCAGUUCAUUUCUCGAAUGGGCCCAAACGCGACGCGAAACUCUACGACCUGUUACACAGCAGGGGUGGCCCCGGGGCAGCCGGGGCAGCAGCCUGGACUUGGGCUGACAAGGGAAGUUCGCGACAGCUCUAGGCCUAUUGACCCUCCGAAUGAUGAGCUCAGUACAAAGCUCAUUCAAACGUAUUUGCAAAGACUGCAUUUGCGGUACCCGUUUCUCAACCGUAAAGUCAUCUGGCAACUCCACGACAUGAGAUGGAAACUUGCGAAAAUAAAACGCGAGGAACUCACCAAGGCCGAUCGGUUCUCAAUCUUCAAGCUCAACUUGAUUUAUGCUAUUGGAACUACACUGCUUCAACUGAGUGAUAGCAAGGCGUAUGCCUAUGCACCUGCCGAGGCCCGCUCUUUAGAAAACAUAGAAGCGAUGAUUCUUCUCGUUGUGUACCAUCUGCGCACCGCUACAAGUCAUGGAAUGUGGUAUAUGAUCGGACUUGCAAUGCGUACUGCCAUCGACCUUGGGCUCCACCGGAAAGCGAACGAGAUUAACAUGGACCCUUUCUCGGCUCAAAUGCGCCGCAGGCUGUUCUGGACGGUCUAUUACCUCGAGAGAGGAGUAUCGGUGUCCCUCGGACGCCCUUUCAGCAUUUCCGAUCGCAAUAUCGAUUUGGACUUGCCAUUCGAUGUGGAUGAUGACGUCGAAGAUCCGACCACGAUCACAACAUCGCCAGUCCCAAACCAGAGCACAACACUCACAUUCGCCAUCUAUAUGUUCAAGCUUCGUCGGAUUGACUCUAGGAUUCAGCAUAAGAUUUAUCGCGCCGACCGUCCUUUGUCGUCGUUGCGCCCCAAGAUGGAUCCAUUAUACCUCGAACUCGAGCAAUGGAAAGAGUCCGCGCUGCUGCGAUUCAGCGGGUCUGAUCUGGAUUACCCUAUACUACACUAUAACAGGGCCGUCCGGCUUUUGAUCCAGCCAUUCCUGCCUCUUCUCCCCAUCUCAGACCCAUACUACCACAUCUGUGUUCGGGCAGCGGGUGAAAUCUGUCAAUCUCAUAAAAGACUACAUCAGACGCUUGAAUAUGGACACUCGUUCUUGGCAGUGCAGACGGUUUUCAUGGCUGGCAUUACUCUGCUUUACGCAUUAUGGACUCAUACCGAGCAGGUCUGGAAUGUGAGCAUGAGCAACGACAUCCGCGCCUGUUCUACCGUUUUAUUCGUCAUGGGCGAACGAGCCGCGUGGGUAAAAAAGUACCGCGACGCGUUCGAGCUCCUCGUAAACGCCGCCAUGGAGAAACUGCAAGGGAACGAAACAGCCCGUAAUGCCGGUAUGGCGGAACUGAUGACGGCCCAGCAUGGCAUUCCUGCCGGUGGACCCUCUGAUAUGGCAGGCGGAGAUAAAGGUUCACAGCCAAAUCCCACUGGACUGGCACCUGAAGAUAUCAGUGCCGCCUAUGCAACUGGCGAUGCAGAUCAUGCUGUAAGAAUGGCACUGCAGCUAGCGCCUUGGAUCGAUCAAGACGAAAGUGAUCCGCUUUGGAUGCCGGACUUCGAAACACUGGAGAACCUGUCGGGAACAUUCUGGACCCACGCGGACACGACCUUGUUCGAUACUCUAUGA